AUGGAAGAAGAAAUGGAGGGUAGACUUCUGUUCCCGGAAGUUCUCUUCGGCCACCGAAUGGAUAUCAAAAUGACGACGUCUGUCUCCCCAAACGAAAUUAUCUGCUUCACCACACACACCCAUUAUACCUCUCUCUCUCCUACAGGACUGAGAACAAUUAUUGGUGCUCUGAUGGAUGCUGUGAUGCACCUUCGGGAUGUGGUGGUCCUCACGCUCUUUAUGCUCUCAAUCUUCGCGCUCAUUGGCCUGCAGCUCUACAGGGGUACACUGCUUCGUAAGUGUGUCGUGCCGUGGCCAGGCGCCGAGUCGCCGGACGGGAGCAAAUUCCUUGCCAGCCUCCUGGUCGAUGUCAGCCUGAAUGCUACGGCUAAAAUCAAGAAAUUUGUUGAUAUCGAGGCGUUUGGACAGAUCCUGCCUCGUCUGCCACAAUGUGUUCUAACUGUCCCCAUCGGGCCUCAAAAUAGUAGUAUGUAUACUGUUUUCAUAUAA